AUGAAAAUAAACGAACAUGAGAAAAUCUUAUCCGAAAAAAUAAUUCUUGUUCCUUAUGAGACGACCCAUGUCCUAAAAUAUCACCAAUGGAUGGAAGACGAAGAGAUUCGUCGGUUAACCGGUUCCGAGAGACUUACGCUGGAAGAAGAAUAUGAAAUGCAGCGAAGUUGGAGAAAUGAUGAGGAUAAACUCACGUUUAUUAUAUUAUCAAAAAUAUGUUUUGAAAAGACAGAAGAUGAGACUGAGAGCAUGAUCGGUGAUGUCAAUUUAUUCAUAAAUUCAGAAGAAAAAAGUGCAGAAGUUGAGAUAAUGAUAGCUGAAAAAUCAGCACGAGGAAAAGGAAUUGCUCAUGAAGCUGUUUCGCUUAUUAUUUCUUAUGCGAUUCAGAAACUUGGAAUCCGCAAAUAUUUUGUAAAAAUUACGGAUGACAACGCUGCUAGCCUUCAUUUGAAUUCACUCUAG